AUGACAAUUGUGGCUUCUUUUUCAGGUAUCAAUCUCUUCUCUUCACUGCCAUCACCGCCUCCAAACGAUCCAACAUCAUCUGCCUCUCCUCCUCAACCACCAAUCCCUAUCCCGAAGUACCCUCCACCGCUUAAAAAAUCCAAAAAUUCCAAAACUUCCACUCCCAACCCAGCUUUCAAGCUCCCUCACCGUCGAACCAAGUACUACAAGCCAGUCAAAGAUGGUGUCGUUUCAUCGGAUGGCGACCGCUCGGUCGUCAUUGGCGAAAACGGCAUUUCUUAUCAGCUUCCUGGGGCUCCAUUCGAGUUUCAGUACAGCUACUCCGAGACUCCUAAAGUCAAGCCGCUAGCUAUUCGUGAACCGGCUUUUUUGCCUUUCGCUCCACCUACAAUGCCCCGACCAUGGACUGGAAAGGCUCCGUUGAAGAAAUCAAAGAAAAAAAUUCCACUUUUCGAUUCCUUUAAUCCACCUCCGCCUGAUAAAAAAGGGGUGAAUUUCAUGGAAAUGCCUCGUCCGUUUCCAAUGGGAAAGUUUCCGGAGGAAGGGAAAACGAGAAAAGAAAUACUUGGGCAACCGUUGAAGAAAUGGGAAAUCAAAAUGCUAAUUAAACCUUUGGCGUCCGAUAAUCGCCAGGUUAAUCUCGGGAGAGAUGGAUUGACGCAUAAUAUGUUAGAUUUGAUACACUCACAUUGGAGGAGACAGCAGGUGUGUAAAGUUCGUUGUAAGGGCAUACCCACUGUGGAUAUGGAUAAUAUUUGCCACCAUUUGGAGGAAAAAACUGGAGGAAAGGUCAUUCAUAGAGUUGGUGGUGUAGUUUAUCUUUUUUGUGGUAGAAACUAUGACUAUCGAACUCGUCCACAGUAUCCAGUCAUGAUUUGGAAACCAGCAGCCCCAGUAUACCCAAAACUUAUCCAAGAAGCUCCUGAAGGAUUGACAAAAGCUGAAGCUGACGAGUUUCGGAAGAAAGGGAAGAAUCUUUUGCCAAUUUGUAAAUUAGCCAAAAAUGGAGUUUACAUUACCUUGGUAAAAGAUGUUAGGAAUGCUUUUGAAGGAAGUCCAUUGGUGAAGAUCGACUGCAAAGGGAUGAAUCCAAGUGAUUACAAGAAGUUGGGUGCUAAACUUAAGGAAUUGGUGCCUUGUGUGCUGUUGUCUUUUGACGAUGAGCAGAUAUUGAUGUGGAGGGGGCAAAACUGGAAACCAAUGUAUCCAGAAGGUCGCUCAGUUCCUGAAGUUGAUAUUGCAAGUGAUUCUGAUGAUUCAGGCAAGUUUGAUGAUGAUUGUGAUAACCCUGAUGCUAAUACAGUGAGAUCAAGCCCUAAAAUGAUGUCUCUGUGGAAGCGUGCAAUCGAGGCGAGCAAUGCAAUCCUUCUAGAUGAGAUCAAUCUUGGUCCUGAUGAUCUUCUACGGAAAGUAGAGGAAUUCGAGGGCAUUUCACAAGCCACAGAACACUCCUAUCCAGCUGUAAUUUUGUCUAAUGAGGAUGGUGCCGAUAAUACAAUAUCAGCAUUUGAAGAUGCUUCACUCGGUAAAAGUUUUGAUGAAGAGGGAACAGAUAUGGAUGAUGAGUAUGAAGAUGAUGAAUAUUAUGAUAGCGACUCAUUUGAUGAGUUAGAUGCUUCAGUACCUCUGGGAUCAUUACCUGUUGAUCGGAUAGUCAAAAAACUCGAUCAAGAAUGAAAUGCUAGAUGAACAGGUUAGUAAUGCUUAAACCUUUCGCAUUCCAAAGGCUGGCUAUGCAAGUUGCUCGAAAGUAAUGAAGGUGUCUGCAACUCAUUGUCUCUAGCAAAGGUUACCGAAGGUGUACAUUUGUAGCAGUAGAAGGGUUAUUGGUGAAUUUUCCCUGUGCAUUUUUGUUUUCUUUUUCUCACAAUGAUGUUUAUUAGUCCCAUCCAGUAUAAGCAAUAAAGUGAAUAUAUCAUGUGAAAAAGAAAAAAAUAUAGUAAUAAUAUAACAGAAAGUUAAAUAGAUGUAUUUCCUUUUAUAAAUGUAUUUAAUUUUUUAUAUUUAGAUUGAUUUGUUA